GGGCGCGCGUGCGUGCAUGUGCGUGUGCGUGUGCGUCUGUAUGUCGUCGUCGUCAUCGUCAUCGCCAGUGCAUCCCGCGCGGGAUCUGAAGGGAUGGGAGGGGGCGGCCCAAUCCAUGGCCCUUACUUACCUACACCUUACUGCGACGACGAGCCUAUUCCUACGACUGAGCCUACCACGCCCAUGUCUCAUCUGCACGAGCGCCCGCCCCGUUGCCUACCCGUUGCCUCGCCCACCUACCUACUGCUCACAUUCUCGCAACCAGCCUGCCCACGCUGACUUAGCCGCCACAUUCGCACCCUCGCACAUUCGCAACCCCCCUCCAUCCACUCCCACGCGCGCACCCGCUCCUGCACGCGCGCAAUGAAGUAGGUGGCUCAAGGCUCACCCCCCGCCCGCCAGCCAGCCAGCGCAUGCACGCCUAGCUGUCUGGCCCUUGGCCCAGAAACAGGGAAAUCCG